UGAUCAAUUUAUGUCUAAAAUCUUGAGUCAAGGCUAAGUUCGAGGGCGAUAUUGGAAUGGCUCAAUCAGAUUGAAUUUUCUUCGUGAUUUGAUUGAGCCGUGCCAAUAUUAACCUUUACUUGGUCCGUUGGUCCGUGUGUGUAUAUAUAUGGUUAUCGGGAAUGUAUACGCUAAAUUGGAAUGGUUUUGGGUUAGAAAGUGCACCUGUUUCAUCAGAUAAAAAUAGUCGAUAACUGGUUGAAUUGUGGUUUAAUCCAUAAAUCCUCUGCAACCUACGAUGCUACAAGAACAAGAAGCGCUCAAGUGUACUGAGGAAGGAUCUAUUGCGAAUUCGUGAAGAGGAACAAAGAAGCAUUGAAGUUAAAUUCCUUCUGCCUAGUGCAUCUCUCAUCUUCCCCAUACUGACACACUGACCCCUUGGUUCAUCUACACAUUGAGGGGCAACACAAAGGUUACUGUCAGGUUAAGAAAGAGUACACUGACUGAGUGAGGAGAUUGGUGGUUGAAGUGUUCCACAACUCAUUUGGUUUAGUUCGACUGUUUCCUCCACGGAAUGGUGAAGUUCACAGUUUUUCACUUUUCUGCCUUCUCAUCUACUCUUCUUUGUGAGCUUACAUGGGAGAAAAACUUACCGGCUCGAUAGCUGAAACCUUUGGUGUUUCUUCUCUUCGACACUUUGAGGAUCAAGAAAGAUAAGGUUGAUGCCUCGGUCCAAUCAAUGCAUCAUGUUUCUCCUUUUUUCCUUUAUGAGGUUCCAAAGAGCUUUUUGCAUUCGGACUUUUUUUCCUAUAUAAUGGCAGUUCAGAUUGCAAGGAUAAGGAAGGAGUUGCAGCUGCAAUGAAGAAAAGGCCAUCACUCAAGUAUAUGAUGGAAAGCUCUUUAAAGACAGAGGUUCAACAACUUGAAAAAUGCCUUAAGGACCAGUUUGCGGUUCGCCGGGCACUUGAAAAAGCACUGCGACGCAACAGUUCUUCUAUCGAUGAAUCGUCUAUUAGUUACAUCCCAAAACCAACCAAGGAACUAAUAAUGGAUAUUGCAAUGUUAGAGUUAGAGGUUGUGCAUUUGGAACGAUAUCUUCUAUCCCUCUACCGGAGAGCAUUUGAGGAACAAGCACCUAAUGUACCAAUCCUUGCUGUAGAAGAUGAAAUUGGGCAACCACUAGUUCCACAAUCAGCACCAUUUGCAGAAGUCGCCUCGCAUGAUCUCUCUUUUAGAGUAGCAGCAUCAGCGGCCCAAUCUGGUGACAUUAAACCACUGCGAAAUUCUUCAAACUAUUUACCAAGCGAAGCUUGUAGUGUUCGAGGUCAAGAGAAGAACAGUUGCAGAAUUCACCGCAGCCAUUCGUCGAUAGUGCAACAUACAGUUUGUUCAGCUAAAGGGAUACCUUGUGCUAAAAAUCUACCACUGUCUUUCUUUGAUCACGAACAGAUCAUUAAUUCAGGGGUGACGAGCCUCGCAGAACAUCUUGGAACUACAAUUGCUCAUCACAUUCCUGAGACACCAAACAGACUGUCAGAAGACAUGGUUAGGUUAAUGUGUGCCAUAUACUGUAAACUUAAGGACCAUCAUGGCCGUCGCGGUAUCUCAUCUUCACCCACUUCAUCCUUCUCAUCAAGUUCAUCUUUCUCCCCCUGUUAUACUGGAGAAUUGAGGAGCCCUUGUCACAAGAGGGAUGCAAUGAUUGAUGCAUGGUUUGGCAAUUCUAGAUGCUCGGAAAGAUUGAAGGAGUUAAGUGGACCGUACAACAUGAUGGUAGAAGUGUUUUCCUUUUGCAAGGCCAGUCGAAAGUGUAAUGAUAUUGAAGAAAUGCUACAGAAAUAUAAAUUGCUGGUCCAGAGAAUAGAAACAGUUGAUCUAAGAAGUAUGAGCAAUGAGGAAAAGAUUGCAUUCUGGAUCAAUAUCCACAACUCAAUGAUGAUGCAUUUGUAUCUAGAGCAUGGGGUUCCAGGAAGUAACAUGAAAAAGGCUUCAUUGGUCACCAAGAAUAUGUAUAAUGUUGGUGGUCGAAUGGUAAACGCGGAUAUUAUACAGGGUUUCCUACUUGGAUGUCGUAUGCAUCCUCCUGAGCAGUGGCUGACAUUACUCUCCUCAAGGGUAAAGAUCAAAGACAGUGAUGAAUGGAAAGCCUAUGCCAUUGAAAGUCCUGAACCUCUAAUUCGUUUCGCACUAUGCUCAGGAAACCAUUCAGAUCCCGCGGUUCGAGUGUACAAUUCCAAGAGAUUGUUCCAACUGCUGCAGGCUGCAAAGGUGGAGUACAUCCAUGCAACAGUGACAAUUGGGAAAGGGCGCAAGCUCCUUGUGCCGAAGAUCUUGGAAUACUUCGGUAGGGACUCCAACUUAUCCACUCAAGAAUUAGUGGAGAUGAUCAAGUGCCAUUUUCCUGAAAACUUAAGGUUUAUGGUCAACGCGUGCCAAGGAAGCAGUUCUCAGAAGUUCAUCGAGUGGGUACCUCACAACUUCACUUUCCGAUACUUGUUGCCCAGGGACCUUGGAAAUCUCAAGUCUCAUUAAGGACAUAAAACAUGCAUAUAAAUCCUAUGUCAAAUGUUGCUUUCCAAUUAAUAAUAUUUUUUGUUUCUGUUCAUUUA